AGGAGCUCUGUUCCUCCCGGCCUCGGCGUUGCAAAUACGGGGUUGCUGAGAGCUGCUCUUACCUUUGCGAAAAGCAGAGGAAUUAAGAACUGUCGGGAGAGCGGGAGGCAGCUCAAUCCUGACACCCUUUAAAGCAAAGAGGCUGGCUCUGUCGUUAGCUUGAAACGAAAUAUUGGCACUGUACUGGGAAAUAAUGCAUCUCUUCUCUCGUUACGUUUGCACAUGAAGUUUCAGUUAGCUUUAACUUGCUUCCUCUAAAGCUUCUCCUUUCUUGGGGUAAGGCUAAGAGAGUUAAGGUCAGGGCUUAGGUUAGCUUUAACAUGCUUUUCCUCUUUAAUCUGUGCACAGUAUAUAUUGCAUAGGUCACUUAGGUGUAUGAUUAGAAACAGUGGAUUGAUUAAAAUCACUGAUUUUAAUUGUGAUUUAAGUAAUAGAGUUAAUCUUGUUUUGUAUUUAUACCGGAUAAGGAUGUUAGCUUGCAACUAAAUAUAGUCUCUUUUGUGAAAUAAAUGCUUAUUUCUAGCAGUAGGAAAAGUAUACCUUGCUUUUACCUAUUUAGGGCUCACGAGAACCCAAAUAUACACUUAUCUAGUGAAUUAGACGUGCUAGACAUUAAAGCAAGCUUGACACAAGUAAAAUCAAGGUGUUUAAGAUAGUGACUGGAAUGCAGUUAAAAAGGUGUAUGAAAUAUCUGGAAAACUGAUAAUGUUUUCCUUUUAAACCAAAGAAAUCCACUGAAUAAAAGCUCGUCUGUUUCAUGACUCAACACUGAUUGUUUUUGUUAACAGUACCCUUAACAGGUUUACAACUAGGAAGUUUUUUGUAAAUUCAUAUUUCAUCUUAUUUAUAGAUGGAGAAAAACAAUGAGUUAUUUUGAAUUUGGAGAGGGUUUGGGUUUUGCUUUUAAAUUUCUGAGGGAACAAUUUACUGAAUUAAAAAAACAGAAGUUCUUUGUACAUGCGAGAGAGUGAUGCUGUGGAAUGCUUGUCCCUACCGCUUAGCCACUGAUCUCUAUCAAUCACAUAUGCUUAAUUUCUUCAAAGCUUUAGCAAUAAACUUGUGCUACUUAAACUUUUUAGUUUAAUUUUGCUGUAAUGUCCUAACAUAACACACUUGAGUUGUUAUGAGCCUAAUACCAGCUUUUAAAACAAAAUAUAUUUAUCCACAAUAACUAUUUAUUUUUAGAACGUAUCCAGUCUUAAGUCAUUGUAAAUGAUUUAAGAGGGAAGCUGCUUUAAAUAUUUGAAGUGCUCUUAAGGACAAAAAAUGUAUAUCGUUUACCUGAAAGUACAUGUUAUUAACAGCUUUUGAAAUUUUUAGCAUUUUAAUAAUUGAGACUUGCAGACUUCAAAUUAUUCCCUUGUCUUUCCCUUCUCAUAUGCCAACUGAGAUUUUUGCUUUUCUCUAAGUAAUAGAAUAGCUAGUCUGUGUGCGAUGACUGCCUGCUUCAUGGGCAAGUGUAUUUCUUCUGGAAACUUUUUAAAAAAAAAAAAAGCCACUUGGGAAUGUUGGAAGAUAAUUCAAAACCAGCCACAUUCUAAAGUCUGUGAAUCAUUGUAAAUUUGUCAAACUAAGAAGGUAUUCCCAUGUUAAUUCUAUAUCUUUUUAGCUGAUAAUUUUUUGUGAGUUUGUGUGAAAGCAGAGGAUUGUAAAUAAGCUCUAAAAAAACCACUGUGUGGUAUAAUAAUUUGAUAUAUUUCAUCAGUUUGUAUUGUACACCUCCCUCACAUUGAUGUACUUUAAUAUGCAGUAUUUGUUAUUUCUGCAGUUGUGGUUAUAAGUCCCACGUGGUUUCACUGUGGGAAGACAGAGCCAGACUCUUCUCAGAGAUGGGUAGUUGAAGGAUGAGAGGCGGCAAACACAACCUAGAACAUGGCAAAUUCUGAUUAGGCAUAAGGAAAAGAAAAUUACCUUGAGGGUGGUAAAAUACUGGAACAGGUGCCCGGAGAGGUUGUGGGAUCUCCAUCCUUGGAGGUGUUCAAGACUUGACUGGACCCAGCCCUGAAUUAGUACGCUUGUUGGCUCACAUAAAACUCUGUAUAUGUAUGAACAGGGUUUUUGACUAAAAUUGACAUGCAUAUUUCAUCUCAUCUUACAGGUUUGAAGCCAGAUGUUUUAAGUAAACGGUUUUCUUUGUGCUUCAUGUUGCCCGUUGGAUAGGCAAACAGAGAGUCCAUAGAAUUUCAGGUUUGAAUAAAUGUAAACAUUAGCCAUUGAAUGGAAAAAGAAGUGUGCUUUUCCAGACUGAGGAAGAAGUUUCCUUCAUUGAAUUUGGGGAAAGGUAGAGAGAGAAGCUUAGAGGUGACUGUUCUUCUGAGGAUGAAGUGCAUUCAUCUCCUGGAACUGUUAAGGUGCACUACUCUUGUUACAUCUUCCCCAUGGAUGUCUUGGAGAUCUGGUAUUUCGUUGGCAAUGUGAUCAUCCAUUCUAGUGUGGCAUGAAAGAGAACAGGUUUGGUGGGGGCUGUAAAUAUGAUGUCAGAUUUUACUCUGUGGGAAACAAAUUAAUAGUUAUUUAACUAUUAAAACUAGGAAUAUAGAAAUAUAACUAGGAAUAUAGAAAUAUAACUAGGAACAGUUCACAUUUAAUAGGAGCAUUAAUUUCUUUAGCUCUCUUGUGUUUCAAAAAAUAAAACAGAUGUACCAAGGUCUGCCUAAAAUCCCAGUCUGACUUGAGCUCUAGCCCUCUGUCCCUUCCUGAGAAGAUCCCAUUUUGGAAUACACCAGCCUAAGAGCUCAGGCUUGUGCAGAUGUUCUGGCAUUAGCCAAAGAAGCUAGAAAGCGAAAUCUUGGUCCUCUUCAUCCUUCCUUUAAUGUGAUAAAGAUAAUAAGAGAUGGACUGAUGAGAAAUCUUCCAGAAAACACUCACCAGUUGUCAUCAGGCAGACUAUGUAUUUCACUAACCAGAGUAUCAGAUGGUAAAAAUGCAUUGAUAUCUAAUUUUAACUCUAAAGAAGAAGUUAUCCAGGCUUUGAUCUGUAGUUCAUUUGUCCCUAUUUAUUGUGGCCUAAUUCCACCAUCAUUUAGAGGUGUGCGCUAUGUGGAUGGAGGAAUCAGUGACAACUUACCUCACUAUGAAUCUAAGAAUACCAUUACAAUUUCGCCUUUCGCUGGAGAGUGUGAUAUCUGUCCAAAAGGGAAUUCUGCCAACUUUCAUGAAAUGAUUGUGACUAACACCAGCAUUCAGCUUAGUUUGGGGAAUCUUUAUCGUUUAACACAAGCGCUCUUUCCACCAGAACCUAAGGUACUAGGAGAGAUCUGUGAGCAAGGAUAUUCAGAUGCUCUUAAAUUCUUGAAAGAGAAUGGUAUUCUGAAUGACUCAAUCUAUAUCCACUUGUCCUUCACAAAAAGAAAUCCUCAUGAGGUUGCGCAACAUGUUGACCAUAUGAAGAAAAAAAAAAAGACAGAAAAUAACACAAUAGAAACUUUGAAAAUGGAAGUACUUAAUGACCAGCUGAAGCAAAAUCCAUGGCCUUUGGAGAAGAGCAUAUUUGAGAGUCUACCUCCUAGACUUCGUAAAGCACUGCAGGAAGCUUGUAAAGAACAGAAUGGAUUCUACGCUCAGUUCUCUAAACUCUUCCCAAUGCGGGUGAUAUCCUAUCUGAUGCUACCAUAUACGCUACCAGUGGAGUCCGCUUACUCUGUUGCUUUACGGUUAGUAAACUGGUUUCCUGACAUGCCUGCUGAUGUUCGAUGGAUGCAAGAACAGCUUUGUCGGAUUGCUGGUACAGUUUAUUCCCAGGCUAAAAGCAAGCUGUUCUGUAUGUCCAGGAAGGACAAUUAUGCAUCACUAAGAAAAUGUCAAACUGUCCCAUCUACUAUGGAAUUUCAUUCUUCAUACUGCCACCUUAAAAUGCCUCACUCUUCUGCGGACCUUGAAACCCAGCUCUGGGAACCUUCAUGCUUCAUGCACUCAGCUAUGAAAAAUGCUUCUGCUAACAUGCAGGAGCAUUCAGACUUAAACUCCUAUCCUAAUUUUCUCCCAAAUUCUGAUGAGUCUGGGUUGGAAAUAGAUUUUGACUCUUCCUCAGAGACAAGUUUCCAAACUGCUCCAGAGUAUUAAUUUGGAAGUAGAUUCCAAAGUUUCCAAAAUUCCAAUUUGGCAGACAAAUUUAAAUCCUAAAGGACUAAAGAUCACUUUCUUUAUCGCCAAUAAGUCUUGGAAAAUAAUUUGUUUACAGCUUCCUGAAAAAUCUGCCUUGGGAACUCUACUGUUUUAAGGAUUAUAAAAACAGUGGCUGCUACACUAAGUAACAGACUACAGUUCUGUCGAGGCACCACUCGAUCGACUGUAGUAAGACUUGUAGUAAACAGUGUCUCUCUGGAAAUAAAUUUUUUUUAAAAAUCUACUUUCCGCAUAAAAAUGUAAAUUCUGUAAACAGAUUGUUAGACAAACAAGCAUUGAUAACAAAAGCUUUUUAAAAGUAUAAUUUUUAACUGUAUUAUGUGUUAGGAUUACUUUUAUAGCACUUAAAUGAAAUUGGACUUUACUUCAUAAAGGGAAACACACAAAUGAGCUUUUUAGUGGCCUCCACUGUCUGUUUGCCUUAUGUUUAAACAUACUGUUGUGUUUAUCGAAAAGUUGUCUGCACGAGAUACUGUAGGAACAGUAUUAUUCUAGGUUGUUGUAUGUAUUCCACAGUUGAUAUUACUUCUCCUCUAUGGCUCUUUUCCCCCUCCAAAUGCUUCAAGGGAAAAAGACAUAAGAAAUGGGGCACAUUCCCCUGAAGUGUAAACAGGUACAGUUUCAGUGAUUUCAGAGGACUUUUUUUUUAUACUUAAUAAGGGCUUAAUACUUGAUUAAGUAUUGAAAAGUAGGUAAAAUAGUGACUGUGAUUAGUAGCAAACAGUAAUUUGAGAAGGUGUUAAACUUUACAGAAGGUGUUUACAAAAAUCAACAUAUAGCAAGUAGUGAAUGAUGUUGAGGUCUUCUCUCUAAUUGCUGCCCAAUCAGUCUCGAUUUUUUUCCCCUUCAACUUGAGAGAUUUUUCUUCCCUUCUUUUGCUUCCCUCUUGCUAAAGGAGGGAAGAAAAAAGGGGUCCCUCCUGUCUCAGUGAGGUAUGAUAACCCAAAGGAAGUUUUCCAAGACUGAUUGUUAGAAGCAGCAAAUGUGUAAGACUUAGUGGAAGUGUCAAUAUCCAGGAGGCUGCGCAAAGGUUUCAAAUAAUGGGUUGAAAGUCUGCCAAAUCCUGUCUGUAUUGAACGACGAGUUUUUUAAAACACUUUCCGCUACAAAGGUUCUGCAUAAUUUUAAUAAAGGCAACGCAUUAGUGUAUGAAUACAUCAGGAGAAGUAAGUAACUGUUAAGAUUAUCUACUCUUUUGGUAUUUUGUUAUCAUGACUUGUACAAUUUUUUUAAAAGAGAAGGAAAUAACGAUGGCUUUAAAGUUGAGUUUGCACAUGUGUUUGGGUGCAGGCGUGUGACAUUUGAGAGGUUCUCAUUUGUGCAACUCUGGUGCAGCCCAGGGAAGAGACUAUAGAUGCUUACUGAGAGCGUCUUGUACAAGGAGAAGCAGUGAUUAGGUUGCGAUGCUCAGGAGAGGGAAGUUUGUGAGUGUGAACUGUGGUAUCCAGAAGGCUGUCAAAUAGCAAAAUGUAGCAUUUCUGAAUUGGACCAGCCUUUAAGCAGUUUCUCAGCUCUGAUUUCCCUAAGCUUGAAGUGCUGAAUUUUACAACAUUAAAAUUGAUUUUAGAAUGGUGGGGGACAGGGGAGAAAGUGUCAAGCUAUCCAUUUCCAUACCACAGAAGACUGGUGCUACUUUACUUCAACUCUCUUGUUUGUUUCUUCUGUGUAUGUAUCUUCAAAUUUGCAAAGGUUGGAAAUGUUACUCUCACUACAAUUAAAAGAUACAAGAUCUG